CUUUUGCCAAACUUCAGCAAAACUAUAUGGGGAUGGUGUGUGAUCCAGAUCCUGAUGUAGUACGUUGGGGGCUUCACCACCUCUUCGACGUUUGCUCGUUAGCAAAAAAUCACUCGCCACCAGCUGUGACGUGCUAUGUGGAGGACAAUUCAGCAACGUAUACAUUGAAGGAGGAGUUCUGCAAUACAGCAGAAUCCGUAGUGGAGAACGAUAAGGCAAUCACUCAAGCUCUUCAGGAUGAGUUCAUAAGGCUCGAUGCUGCAAAUGAUCUGGGAUCUGUGUCUUCUCGAGAAGAACAACAUCAAAAUGAUUCGAUUCUCGCUCAGAAUUGGCCCUUCAGCUCUGCAUGUUCCUAAAAUCAACGGCGAGAUACCCUCCGUUGAUGAAGCUACAUCAGACCAUCAAAG